AUGAAAUAAAAGAAUAAGAUGCAACUUCCUUGUUGUAAGAAUCAUGAUUUUUGUGGUAUGAAAUAUGAUUUUCAUGAAAGUGAUAAGAGUUAAAUUUAAAUUUAGGAAGAGAGAGUGAUUAUAUAUUUAUAUAUUCUCAGGCAUUAUCAGCAAAUAUUGAUUAAUUUAGAUAAUCAAGAGGUAUAAGUGGAGAAAGAUAGAUUAACUUAAAUUAAAUGACAGAAUAAGCAUUAGAUGAUUGGUAUUGUUAAUCACAAAAUAGACCAAUGGAAUAAUUACUUAAUAAUAAGAAAAGAUUCUAUGUUCCAUAAUAAUAUGCAGAAGAAUUAAAAAGUAGAUAUAGAUUACCAACUACAUAAAAAGGAAUUAAAGAAUAUUUAUUUACAGAUUAAAUUUCAAAAAAUGAAAAAUAUAUUAUUUAAAAUGGAGAAAGUAUAUUGAAUCCUAAAAAUUUACUUUUUAAUCAUACAAAAUUAGAACCUAAAAUAAUCUUAUUUGGUUAACCAAUUUAAGAAAGAGAAGACAAAAAAUUAAAGAGAAAAUAAGUAGGAUCUAGAAGAAGGGGAGUAUUAUUAUAAUCAGAUGAAAAUUAUAGAAGAUUAAGUAGUGUUGAUAAUUAAUCUAGAAGAUUUAGUAUUCAUGAAUAACCAACAAAUUAAAAUUAAUAAUAAAGGACUAUUGAGAAUCAUAUCUUUUUAUAGAAUUAUGAAAAUAUAACUAGGAAUUAUACAAAAAAUGAAGAGGUUCCCUUAUCUUUUGCAUAUAAGGAAAUUAAUUAAUUAUAAUAGUAGAUAGAAAAAUAAGAAAAAGUAAAAUAACCAGAAGAAAAUCAAAUAAUUAAAUGUGAGAAUAGUUAAUAAGAAAAAUAAAUGAUUGAUAAUAAUUUUAAAUCUAUGAUGAAGUUUCAUUAAAAAGAAUAGGCAGAAAUUAGAAAGUAAUUAAAUUAAGCAGUUUAAUCUAUUAAAUAAUUAAUUAAUCCAGAUUCUGAAUAAGAAUAAAAGAUAUCAAAUUUAAAUUUAAUACCAAAACCAUUUUAAUAUACAUAAACAUAAUAAUCUUAAAAUCAAAUAACUAAUACAGAUAAAAUAUCAUAAGGUCAUUAAACUAAGAAAAAUUCAGAAACACGUACAAGAAUACAUACAAUUGAUGAAAUGGAAAGUUCUCUUUUAACUAGUGAUAUGAUUAAAUAUAUUAAAUACUCAAAAUAUAAUGAAGAUCAUCAAGUUAACAAAUAAAAAUUUGCUGGUAAUUUAGUGGAUAAGAUAAAUCAUAAACUUGUUAAAGAGGAAAAACUUAAAAUGUGUGAAACUGAUUCAAUUGAUUAUAAACCUCAUUAAGCAUCAAUUAAAUAAACUAGAUAAAUUAGAUCAUCAGUUUAAUAAAAUCGUAAAGUUUCAUCAGUGAGUCGUAGAACUACUAUAAAUAAUAAUAAUUUAAAUAUGUCUUUAAGUUUAAAUAAAAGUAAUUAAAGUUAAAAUGUUACUAAAUAAAUUAUUGCAUGGUAUAAUAAUGAUUCAUAAAAUUAAAAUGAAUCUAAAUAAUAAGAUUAAAAUUCUAAUAUCCCUGAAAUCAAAUAAUUAUUUAAUUAUAUAAAUUAAGGAAGAAGUGAAAAUGUUGAAAUUAAUGAAGAAGAAGAUUUAAUUUAUAUAUAAUAACUUAUAAAUCCUCCAAUACCAAAUAAAUCUAUUAUGUUAUCAAAUAAAUAAUCAGAUAUUAGUGUUACUAAUUCUAAAUAAUUAAUCUAAAAAACUAAUCAAUUACUUAAUUGUAAUUCAGAAACUAGAAUUAAAUAUAAGACUGAAUUAGUUAAUUUUAAUGCCUUAUUAGAUGAAAAAUAUGAGAAAUAAUAGGAAGAUAAAUAUUUUUGGUAUAAUAAAGGUAUUAAACAUAUAAAAGAUAAUAUUGAAACAGCAUUACAUUGUUUUAAAUAAGCAUUGAUUACUAAUCCUUUAGAUUCUAAUGCUGUUUAAUUAGUAGCUAUAAUAUAUGAAAAAAUGGGUAAAAUUAUGACUGCUAAAAAAUGGUUCCAAUUAGCAUUAUAAUUUACAGAAACUAAUUAACUUAAAUUUAGAUAUGCACUUUGUUUAUAUAAAACUGGAUCUUUUAAAGCAUCUUAACAAUUAUUAGAUUUAAUUAUUUUAAAUGAUAAUUCUAAAGAUAGAUCAUUGUAUGUUUAUUUAAGAGGAAUUUGUGCAAAAAGAAUGUUUAAUUUAGAAAGAGCUGCUGAAGAUUAUAAAAUUGUAAAAGAAUCAUCUAGAGCUACAAAUUAUAGUCUUUGUAUUCACUUUAUGUUAGCAGUAUUAUUUAGUUAAAAAAGAUAACUUGAAAUUAAAUUUAAUCCAUUAGUUUUUUGUGAAUUUCAUAAAUUAGUAACAUCAAUUAUUGAAUAAGAUGUUUACAUAGAGAAUUUAGUUAAAUUUUGGAUUAAUUAAUCAUGGGUGAGAGAGGAAGAAUUAUUAAUUGAACUUAAAUAAACAAGUUUCUUUAAAAGGAUUGCUACAAGCAUUUUAGUAUUAUUUAUUAAUUAUAAUUUAAGAGAGUAUUUUUGAAAAAGAUGAAAUUAAUUGUAGUUGAAAAAGACAAUGUAAUAUUUCCAAAAGAAAAUGAAGUUCAUAUAAUUGUUGCAGGUAAUGUAAAUGUUUAUGAUCAUCGAGUCUAAUAUAAAAGACCUGAUAUUAUUGGUAUUUAUUUAUUAAUUAAAAAUAAAGCUAAUUAUAAACAAGGAGAUAUACUUGGUUGUCCAGACAAAGAUAAUGGUUUAUGUAAUAUUUCAGAUAUAUGGUUUUUAACAUAAACAAGAUUAGAAUUGAUUUCAAUCUAGAAGAAUUAUUUUGAAGAAUUAUGGGAAGCUUAAUAAUAAAUGGAAGGUAUUGAAUUAUUGACAAGAUUAUAAUAAUUAUCCAUAUUUAAAGGUGUUUCCAUUUUAACUCUUUAUAAGUUAGUUUAUGAAUUAAUGCAGAAAUGUAAUCUCAAAAAAAAUACAGUUUUAUUUAAUGAUGGAUCAUACUAAGAAAAUUUUGAAUAUAUACAUCUUAGAAAAUAAACUAAAGCAACAAUUUAGAUGACUCAUAGAUUAAUUGAUUAAUAUAAGCAUUGUCAUUUUUAAAGUAAAUUAAAGAAAUUGGUUAUUAAAUAUAAACAUAAAAUUGAUUAGUUAAAAUAUAAUAGAAUGCAUUUAGAGGGUUUUUAUAUCAUGCUUUCAGGUAUGUGUGAAAUAGAAAAUCCAAAUGGAUUUAAUAAUUAUUACAUAAAAUAUGGAGAUUAUUUUGGAGAAACUUUAAUGUUCAAUACAAAAGGUUUUAAUUCAUUUGGACGUAUUAGAGCAUUUUAAAAUGAUGUAACAAUAUUAAAAUUAAGCAGAUUUCAUUUUAAUAAAAUUCCAACUUUAGAUGUAAUUAUUAAUUUUAAUAUAAUAGUUAAAAAUUAUGGAAAAGAAUUGUGAAAAAAGAUAAGAAAUUUUGGAUUUAGAUAGGAUUUACAAAUAGAGAUAAAAAAUAAAGGAAAUUCAUAAUUAAAAAUAACAUUAGCCUUAUAAUUGA